AUGGACUAGAUGUUUUACACAGAGGUGAAAAUAAUGAAGUCACUCAGAAAAUAUAAUAUUACAGGAUUUCCAAGACUUGAGUAAUAUGGAAGUAUUGAUGAGGAACUAGGUUUCAUUGCUAUGGAGCUCCUAGGUCCUAACUCAUUAGAAGUCCUAAGGAAGAUAGAAUCUAGAAAAUCUAAGGAGAAACUAUACGGACUACCAUUAGCCUCUAUCUCAAGCCUAGAAGGAAUGCAUGAGACAGGAUAUUUACAUUCUGAUGUAAAACCAAACAACGUAGUUUUCGACUAGUUUUCUGAAAUUGAGGAUUUUUUCUCUAUAGACCAGAGAGGCUAAGUUCUGUUAAAUGAUCGAACUCAGGUCUACUUGCUAGAUUUUGGACUUUCAGAAGCCUAUCUACUGGCAGAUGGCUCUCAUAUAAUUCAAGAUAAAAUAAAUAGAUAACUAGGAAAUAAGUUCUUUAUGAGUCUCUCUCAACUCAAGAAGAAUGUCCAAUUUAGAUAAGCUUUUGAUUAUGUUAAGAGUCUUUCUUUUAAUGAGAGGCCAGAUUACAAUCACUUGAUCAAGAUCUUCAAAUCGAUGAUGCAAACUUAGACUGUGGAGUACUUAGUCAGAUCAUGUCUUAAGCGACCAAUCAUUGUGACUCCUCGUGAGAUCGAUGAUACCUUUGAAUUUGAAAGGAAGAAGACUCAUUCGCUUAACGAGUAUAACCUAAAUACAACAAACUAAGCUCUCUUUCUGCAGAGACAAUACACUAACACGUACAACGAAAUAGCAAGUUAAUCAACCUAAAUUUCACCAUAAAAUUUCAGUUAGAUUAGCAGAAAUUUGCCUUUGCCUGAGCAAGGACCGCUAUAUAAAAGAGAUUCUAAUAAUAAUUGUUGCCAAACUAGUGAUGAACUUAGAAAUGGCCUUUACGAAGAAAAGAAAUCAAUAAACCAGAGUAACAAUACAGACAGAAGCUAUAAUUAAUCACCGUAUUCAAUGAGCAACUCGAAAUAAUCAACUUAAAAAUUUCCAAUGACGAUGGAUGUAAACAUGAGCAGAGAAGAAGAGUGCGUAAAAGUGGAGUCAGAGCAUGGUGCUGGAGAAGAGGAAGAGGCACCUACUAGUCGAUUCUAAUCUAUAUACCGCAGAUAGCCUAAACCUAUGGAUUUAAGAAGUCUUAGAGGGGGAGUUUUAUGA